GUCCAUAAACACUGUGACCGUAUGUCGCAGGCUUCAGUCAGGCACGGCGGGCAGCAGACUGAGUAAGUGAGGCCGAGGUUCAAUAUCACUCGUUACAGGGGCUCGAUUAGAGGCGUUCAAACGUAUGCACAAGCUGCAAUGGAAAUUAGUUUUUGAGACAAAAAAAGAUACAGAAACAUGCCAGCAGCCUUACCCGUCAUCCCCUAGGAAGUGUCUACUGUCAGGGGAGCCUGUAUGCUAGGUAGCUAGGCUAGCUAGGUCUUAUUGGUAACAGUCAUUGAGUAACAGCUUGGGGGGGCGUGGGUUGCUUCAGUGCGAUAGUCUCCUCUUGUCCAAGCUGGGGUCGUCUGGACGGUUCCUGAAUAUGAUACACCAUGAGUCAGAGGGACACCGUGGUUCAUCUCUUCGCAGGAGGGUCUGGAGGUACAGUAGGAGCCAUAUUGACCUGUCCGCUGGAAGUGGUGAAGACGCGUCUGCAGUCCUCCUCCGUCACCCUCUAUGUGUCUGAGGUGCAGCUGAGCACUGCCAAUGGGGCGAGUGUGGCCCGCAUGUCACCGCCGGGUCCCUUGCACUGCCUCAAGUUGAUCUUGGAGAAAGAAGGACCUCGCUCGCUGUUUCGGGGUUUGGGACCCAACCUGGUGGGCGUUGCCCCAUCCAGAGCCAUUUACUUUGCUGCGUACUCCAGCGCCAAAGAGAGGCUGAAUGGAGUCCUGGAGCCAGACUCCACGCAGGUGCACAUGGUAUCGGCUGGCCUGGCAGGCUUCACUGCCAUCACCGCCACCAACCCCAUCUGGCUCAUAAAGACUCGGCUGCAGCUGGACGCCAGAAACCGCGGGGAGCAUCAGAUGAGUGCUUUUGAGUGCAUGCGGCGGGUGUACCGUGCCGACGGCCUGCGCGGCUUCUACCGUGGCAUGUCUGCGUCCUACGCGGGCAUCUCAGAGACUGUGAUCCACUUUGUGAUCUACGAGAGCAUCAAGCGGCGCCUCCAGGAGGCCAAGGCCGCCCACCACAUGGAGGACGAGGAGGAGGCGUCCAAGGACGCCUCAGACUUUGUUGGCAUGAUGCUCGCCGCCGCCACCUCCAAGACCUGCGCCACAUCCAUCGCCUAUCCUCACGAAGUGAUUCGUACCCGGCUACGAGAGGAAGGCACCAAGUACCACUCAUUCUUCCAGACUCUCACCACGGUGCCCAGGGAGGAGGGCUUCCGUGCGCUGUACCGCGGCCUCACCACCCACCUGGUGCGGCAGAUCCCCAACACCGCCAUCAUGAUGUGCACCUACGAGCUGGUGGUCUACCUCCUCAGCGGUUAAACAACAACAUCGACCACCACGACUAGAAAACAAACAAACAGCGCAGUCAUUCAUUCGUGUUUGUGUAACCCCUGCCCCCUUUCCAUUUCAAAGAGUCGGACUGAGAAAAAGAGUGUGAGAGAGAGGGAACCAACUCCCAUAUAGAACGGUAUGUGAAGAAGCGAGACCCCCUCUUCAGAUAGACAGCCUGAGCGCUGGGCUCACCCUGUGUCUUACUGAGGUCAGUUGGCUGCUUUAUAAAUGGGGAUGUGUCUUUCUCUGUUCCCAUGGGCAGCCUAAAACAUUGUGAAGUUGUUGGCCAAUGGUGUUGACCCCUGAAAACUUCUUGUUGCUUUUGAAAACGUUAUAAUUUGACCACCCUUCCUCCCUCCCUCUCUCUCUCAGGGGUUAUAGGGGCCACAUUACUGUACCGAAAAGUAUAUUUAAUUACGAUAACCGAGCCGAAGACAAUAAAUGAAGUUAAAAAAACUCCAAUACUAAUAAAAAAUAAGUCAAAGUAAUCUCAUUGCUGGCACUGAGCCGGAAUUAAGUAUAGUGGCAGGAAACCAAACCAGAUAUUCUUGCCAUCUGAUAAUUUAGAUGCAUUCUUUGGCUUUGGGGGCCUUUCAGAUUAUUUUGUUUUUUUUGUCUGCAAGUUGGAUUCAGAAACUUGAAUGGCCGUUGCAGUGCAGCUGCCCCGCAUUGAUAAUCUGUAAGUGGUCGGGGGACCACUGGUGCAGUCUAGGGGCCAGGGGGGGGGUUGUGCUUUCUUGUGUGAACCGAGUAGAAAAGCACAAUGGAUGCAGUGAUAGGGUUGUGGAUGCUCAUUCUCCUAGUGUUAAACACAAGGUGAGUUGUGUGUGUGGUCGCUGCUUGCACUCAAGGGAGCCUUUAUCGAUAAGUGCUAAGCAAACUCACGGACCGAUAGCUAGCUCUGCGGUUCAUCCUCAACACCCCGGUCCCUUAAGAUGUGCCAGAUGCUUGCCGUGGUCGAGACAUGUAGGUGUCCCUAAACGUACCCGAUGUUUAACGCAUAGUUCUGUGAUUAUACCUCAUCAAAUAUAGAAUAAAGUAUCGGUUUAAAGGCAGUGUUCAGACCUUACCUCUUCACAUGGAGUGUGCGUAUCACAUGGAGUCUGAGAUUUGCCUGCAGGCAGCAGUUUCUUAACCAACUGGAAUCUAAGAAGGAAAAACAAUAUCAUCAUUACUAAUAAGCCAUUAACUCAAACCAGUAACUGACCAAUUUGUGAAACAUCCAAAAUAGACAAUUUAAACUAGUUAUUCUAUUGGCUACAGGACAUGCUUUAUAAUGAUAAAGUAUUUCAACUAGGGAUGCAAAUUAUCGAGUAAUUCAUUAAUCGAUAGUUGUUUCAUCUUAUCGAUCGAUGAUCGAUUAAUUGAUAAGCGGCAAUUCUUCUGAGAAGCUGAAUUUCCUUCUGAAUGUGACACAUUUAGGUGGUAAUUCAACGAAGUCGUUUAGUUGUUGUACUUAAAAAUACUUCCACAUAUUGUGCAUUUGGCGUCUUUGUCAUCAUUAACCAACUUAAAGUGGCUCCAUACUGCACUCCGUUUUGCCCUCUUCAUCGUGUCAGUGUCCCGCUUUUCGUUUGUCUUGUCCUGCCGUGUUCCAAUACCCGUACUGUCCGUACUUACUAGCCAAAAUUUGAGUACGCAGUACUCCAAUUCAGAUCCGGCGAGAAGAAGUAUACUUCAAGGACCCGGAUGCCGUACUCAAAACGGGCUAAUCGUGAAGUGUGGAUCGAAGGACACUCCCCGUACUCAACGGCAGCCUUCUUAGCUACGUAGCAGAAGAGGCGGAGCCAGGCUGAGCCAAAGUCGGCGCAUUUUCCACAUAGCCUGCAUUAAUAGUCAUUUUGUAGUUUUUAUAGUUUUUAUAGCUGCUAGGCGUAAAGAGUUCACCGUUCAAAGCGGGAUGUUUAUUGCGGGGGAGGAGCCACGGCGGCAGUCGUGAUCGUAAUUUCCGGUUAGUGCACCACGGAGUAGCCUACUCGAUUUGGAACAGCACUCACAUCUGAAAAAUUAACGUAGUAGCCAGUGCGGAUAGUAUACUUCCUUUAAGUAUACUCAUGGAAGUACGGGUAUUGGAACACGGCCCUGCUUUGCUUGUGUUCCCGCUUGUGUUCCCGCGUGUGCGUCAAGUACGUCUGGCGUCAAGUGCGCCCUCACGUGGACGGUUGGGGAAUUACGGGUUAAAAUGCGAUUAAUUGCAAGUAAUUUAUUUUAAUCGAGUAAUCUCUUAUCGACAAUUAAUCGAUAAUCGAUUAAUUGUUUGCAUCCCUAAUUUCAACAAAUGAAGGGUUGUUGUGGCAUUUUUAUGUGUUAAGUUAAAUGCAUAAGCCAGUCUUCCCACACGUCAUUUGCUUCUCCAUCAAGCUGUCGUCAUUAUUUAUGCACUUUUACAUUGCUUCUAGCAGUUGUAUGUGUUCUCUAUAUGUUAAUGUUGUAUUGUUGUGCCCUUUUUGCAAUCCAGGAUGGAUGACCAGGUCAAUCAUCUAAUUUACUCUUUUGUAUGUGUACGUGCGUCAGGAUUUGUGUGUGAUGUUACACAACUGAGGCUGAACCCAUUCCUUGUUGAGCUGUUUUUAUUUUUUGCACCAUUGAGGGCCCUCAUCAUUUGACCUCUCAAAUGAUGAACUCCCGUAAUAAAGAAGCGUCCUAUGUGAAUACCCUGAUCCUUUUCUAUGAUGCAUUUCACUCAAGCUUAUGUUGAUGACUUCCAACUGGCAAUAUGCACCCUCAUGCCCAACUCCCCGUCCUUAAUAUGCAACACAUGUGCUACACUUUGUGCCGUCUCACCUGAAGCUAUACAAGUAUCUGCGCCUGCUGCCCAACAUAUACUAUCUAGGCUUGACUAGAUUCUAGACUACUAAAAUACACUAGUUAAAUAUGCAAGUAAAUAUGGCUAUGGUCCACACAACGUUGUUUAUUAUAAUGUUGCUCAGACUCCAGUUUCAGCUUGCAACUGUAGGGCUGGACCUAGACUUGGGUGAUCCUUUAUAUGUAAAGGCUAUGUUGGGUUGCUUAUGCUUUCUGUGGCUCGGGAUUACCAACCUCCCUGUUCGAUCUAAUUGGAGUUGUGUUAACCUUGACGAAAAUCACAGCCUGAAGAUGGCUCAAUUGGCAAUUAAACGUUUGCAUUGCGUCACCUUGAGGUGUGUGUGUGUGUGUGUGUAUGUGCGCGGGUGCGUGUUGGUGUGUGUCUGCGCGUUUGUGUUGGUGCGCUCGUCUCCACGUUGCGUCAUGUCUCUUUCAGUGUGUGUAUAAUAGUAUGCAGUCGUUCUUAUUGCCACAAGCAGUGUUUUCAUUUGAAUGUGAGGUUGGUUUUCUGGCCCCCUUUUUUCCCAUGUCAUAUUUGAUGAGUAAGUGUGACUCUGUCUAUGCAUUCUCAUGCCUGUUUUUGGAAAACAUUCAAUAAAAUGGAAAGAAUGCACGUAUCUCUGUUGA